UUUCUGUGGGUUUUUACGUCGCUUCUUUUUUCAGUUAAGAUUUUUUUGUUCAAGAUAAUAAAUUAUAAUCGCUUGAUUUAGAGCACGAUCGUACGGCCGUGAUUUGGAGCAUUCUUGACAGGUUCACUGGCGUGACGUACGUUUCUCUGUUGCUAGGAUCCUCCCGAAAAGUUCUCAUCUAAAUAGGUUGUGUAUCGGUGGUUUCCCCUAAUUUCGGAUUCCGUUGCGAUUUUUUUCAUCGUGUUCUAGUCAUUUGAACAGUCCGUUUGUGGUGGUAGUGGUGGAUCGUUCGUUCACGAUUAAUCCGAAGAGGUCGGGGAGGAAGCGCGACCAAUUUCCUACCAUAUUUUCAACAGAGCUCGAAUUCUUUACGAACCAUGUCACAUCAGACAGGGAUUAAAGCGAACGAUGCCCUUAAGAAAUUGUUUGCUAAGUGUCGAGAUGGAAAAAUACGAAUCUUGAAAGUUUCCAUUGAGAAUGAGGAACUAACACCUGCUGCUUCUUCAAAACCAGUGAAUAAGUGGCAAGAUGAUUAUGAUAAGAUGAUCAAACCGUUGAUCAUUGAGAAUCAACCUGCAUAUAUUCUUUAUCGAUUAGAUACUAAGUCUUCUGACUCUGGUUAUGACUGGUUAUUUAUCUCUUGGUCACCUGAUACUGCACCAGUUAGGCAAAAGAUGUUAUAUGCGUCGACAAAAGCAACUUUGAAACAAGAAUUUGGAACUGCAUCUAUAAAGGAAGAAUUGCAUGGUACGGUGCCAGAGGAUAUAACAUUAGAAGGUUAUCACAAAUACAAAAGGAAUAAUGCUGCACCGGCACCAUUAACCACUGCAGAAGAAGAAUUAGCAGAACUUAAAAAAAACACAGUUACUACGGAUUAUAGUGUAGAAACAAGGCAUCAAACAUUGAGUGGUGUUGCCUUCCCUGUUACGGAUGAGGCAAAACAAGCGAUCAUGGAGCUUGGCAAAGGUAUACAUGAAUAUGUUCAAUUAAAAAUUGACUUAGAAGAGGAGAAGAUACAUUUAGUUAUGGCUUGUGAAGUUUCAUUGGAUAAACUACCAACAAAAGUCCCAUCUGAUUCUGCUAGAUAUCAUCUUUAUAAUUUUAAGCACACGCACGAAGGAGAUUACAUGGAAUGUAUAGUUUUUAUAUACAGCAUGCCAGGAUACAGUUGCAGUAUUAAGGAAAGGAUGUUAUAUUCAUCAUGUAAAGCUCCACUAUUAGAACUUAUUCAAUCACUUGGAGUGACUAUAACGAAAAAAUUGGAAGUAAAUAGUGGUGAGGAAUUGGCAGACAUGUUGGAAGAUCCUCCAACUAUAAAAGAAACAGCUGCAAUAACUCCUGCAACUCCAUCAACGCCCUAUGCUCCUCCUCAAUCUAUAUCCGAGAAAAAGUCAAAACAGAAGAGAUCUUGUAUCUUGAGUUAACCGAAUCUACGUUCUUUGUCUGUCAUUUUUAAAUGUUUCUUAAAUGUUAUAAAAUAUUUCAAAUGUUUUACACAUUUAAUAUCUUCCUUCGUAAAUUCUGAAUUUGUGAUAAUAUGAUAUUAAUUGAUUGAAUAUGUUAUGUAGUGUAAGAUGGUGUAAUCGGUUUUGAAUAACUUCGACAUUAGCACAGUAUAGUUAUGCAGUUAUUAUGGAGUGAUUUAAAUGAGAAAAUGUUUAAUGCGCAUCUUUACAGAGAUAAAUCUUUUAUUAAUUAGCAAUAUAUUUAUUGAUAUUUAGUAAUAAUUGGUCAAAGUGAUAUGUAUAUCUAUGUAGCAAUUCAGAGUAGACCAAACAAUGUAUUUUUCUAAAUUUUAAAGAGCAAAAUUGUCAUGUUAAGAUCUUUACAAAAUAUCUUUUUGAUAACUAUGAGAAACUUGCAAUGCAUAGAAUUCCCAUGAGAUGUAGUUCUUGUUGAUCCAGUACCAUAAUGUAAUGGAUAAUUGUUUAUUGGUGCAGAAAAUACUGUACGAAAAAGAACAAAAAAAAAAAAAAACAGAAAGAUCAUGAAGUGAGAAUUAGUUGCUUGACAUUGAAAGUGAAGCCUUCUAUUGGAUUUUGCAUUUUUUUAAUUGCGUUCCAAUGUCUAAUAAAAAAUCUUAUAAAGAUAUUUUUUUCUCUAUAUAGUUCCUUUAAUUUACAUCUUUUAUAGUUUAUAUAAUUCUUAUGCUACUUUUAAUGUUUAUUGUGUCAGAUGCGAAAAAUAAACCCAGUGAGUUAACUGUGUGAAUUAGUUCCUAGUCCAAUGAAAAGUGAUAUAUUGUAUUUUUAAGGUACUCAUUUUUCAUAUAUUAGUAAUUUUAUUAAGUGAAACUCGAAGGCUUGACUUUCAAAUUCAUUCGAACACUCAUAUAGGAAUUAGUGAUAAAUAGAGGUAGAGUGUUUCAAACAAAUAUCUGUGGUAAAACCUGCAUACCUUAUGUGAUUAUUAGAGAGUUAGGGAAAAUUCCAUGUGCUCCAGUUAGCUAAUGCCACUCACCUAACUUCUCUGUGAGAUAUAAAUAAGAAGAUAAAUGGAUAAGUGAUAAACGUGCAAAUUACCACAUUAACUUGUGGAUAUAUUUUCUUUGCACAUGAUUAUCAUUUUUGAACACAAGCUAGUGAUAAUACUAUUUACUUUAUAUACAUAUUAAAUUAUAUAUGUAUAUAUAUAUUUAUAUACAUUAUAUUAUGUAUGUAUGUAUAUAUGUAUGUAUGUAUAUAUAUAUAUAUAUAUAUAUAUUAUAUCAUGUUCUAUACUAUUGUAAAUUAUACAAAACAUUAGAUUCCACAAAUAUAUAUAUAAAGACUGAACUUGGUAUGUCCCAUUAGUUGUACAAUCGGAAGAAUAGUGCAGUGUUUGAAUUUAUAUGGAUAAAAAUAUUUGAAUAUUCAUAUAUACGUAUGUACGCACUUACCCAUACACCCACAACUACACACAUUCUAUAUACCUUACAGUUAUUUUUUAACUUUUUAUUACUUUCAUUUUUAAUAAAAGAUGUAAGGUAUAAUAAGAUAUGUUUUAGAAAAGAAAAUUCAUAUAUCAUAUUUUUAUAAGCUUCAAUUUAAUAAUUUAAACUGAUUAGAGAACAGCGCAUAAUGAAUUGUGAUAAGUUACUGUUAUCUCUUCUAAAGUAUUUUUAGAUUUCUUCUAAAACAUUCCUAAUACGAAAUGUAUAGCAAAUGGGACUAUAAUCUAGUAGCCAGCAAACAAGAUAUUCGAGAGGCAUUCUAUUUUUUGUGAUCUGUAUUUUUUUAACUCUCGUAGCUUUUUAUAAACUUUUUAAAAAUUUUCGUCCAAGAAAUAAAUAAAAAACUUAUUGAAAAAGUUUGGCCUAAUUUAACAAGGAUAAUAAUAAAAAAGUGUGUCAGAUUCUUGGCAUUUAUUCAAAUCCAUCGAAAAAUUUUUGUUACUUUUCAUUUGCUACUAAGUAUAUAUUAUUAUACAUACAUUUGCAUUGAUAUGAAAGUUAAGCUCAAAGCAUGAGGUUUUUUACAAGAAUUGGAAGUUCUUGAAUAUAGUAUACUCAUAAUUUAUUAGUAUUUCAUUCCUUUAUAGUUGUGUAAAAGCUUUUUCAGCUUAAAUUCCCUAUCGAUGUUUUUCUAUUUUUACAUGUUGACGAACAAAUAGAAUUUGACACACAUUUCUAUGUCUAGUUGCAAAAAAAGGAAAGUUUUUCGCAAAGUGCUCAAAAACUUGUUAAUGAAUAAUGUGUUCUAUAUUUAAACAUAACGCACACUGUAGCCUGGGAAUAUUUCAAUUUAUAAUAUAUUGUACCAGGCCUAUUCUGUAAGUUUUUAGUAUAAUUCCGUUUCCAACCUGUUAGUACAUAAUCGUAGGUUCAUUAUGAUCAAACAAAUUGUGUAUCUUGCCAAUACUAAACACGCUAGAAAUAAUAAAGCAUUAUGCAAUUUAAUCUUA